AUGCGAUUACUCUGGGUAAAGUUUGAUAGUUUGGCCCUAGCUCCGGGCUGCGACUGUGCAGAAUCUAGAGAGUCUAUUGAAUUUAUGGAACGUUUGAAGUUACUACAGUUCUUGAUGGGAUUCAGUGAGUCAUAUGAACAAGCUCGUAGCCAGAUACUUAUGAUGAUCCCACUUCUUACAGUGAAUAAGGCAUACUCCAUGUUAAUGGAACAUGAGAGUCAAAGAGCUAUGUCCAAUCACCAUGACUCAGCUGAAGAAAAUGAAGUUGUUGCAUUGAUGUCUACUAGGACUGCUGGUGGUCAAUUUCGACCUAAGAAGAAUUACAAUCUCCAAUGUGAUUUUUGUAAAAUGAAAGGGCACACUAGGGAGAACUGUUACAAGAUAGUAGGUUACACAGCUGAUUUCAAACACAAAAGAAGUGGAGGAUAUAGUUCAGCUAAUUCUGUUAUGAUUGAAGAAGCUAAUCCACAGAUGCAGGGCAACAUGAAUAUACCUAACAUGUCCAGUCAUGCUGAGAAGGACAAUUCUUUAGGAUAUGGAAUAGAGCAUAUAUUCAUAGAGGAUCAAUUCAAUCAGAUUCUAAAGCUCCUAAAUAAAGAAGAAGUGCAGGAGACUACAGCUAAUAUGGCAUCUGUAUUUUUUCCUGGCUUUUGUAUGCUUCAAGACCUCUACACUGGGAAGCUGAAGGGGAUUGGUAAAGAAGCUAAUGGACUUUAUCUACUGACUUCUACAACUUCAAGUAAAGGACAAGGGUUAGUUCCACAGUCUAUGAAUGUGCGGCUAGAUCAAAAUACCUUACAACUUUGGCAUAGAAGAAUGGGUCACCCAUCAUCAAGAGUUAUGAAGCAUGUGUUGAAUGUCAUUGAAGAACUAUGUAGAAGUGUAAUAAAUAGCUGUGAAAUUUGCCCCAUAGCCAAACAAGCAAAAUUGCCCUUUCCUACUAGUAGUAGUAGAAUAGAAAGUGUGUUUGAAUUGUUGCACAUAGAUGUAUGGGGACCAUUUUGA